AUGGAGGUCAUUAGACAAUAUAAAGUGGUAGAUUAUUCACUCGACCAUGAGGUAACAGUGGAUGCUCCAGGGAGUUAUCUAUUCAAAAAUACAUUUAAAAUUAUAAUUUAUAUGUCAUAUUGUAGAUCAGCUUCUCUAGUUUAUAUUAACGCUUAA